ACAAGGCGGUCGCAGAGCGAGAGUUCAGGAGGGCUCGGAGCUACAUGGUCCAUGUCACCCUGGAUCCAGAUUACAAACACCCCGAACUCACCGCGUCUGCAGAUGGCAGAACAGUCCAGCACAACCCCCCAGCCCUAGGGCCGGCUGCCCCCUCUGGGGCUCUGAUCGCCAUGGGGAGGGAGGGGUUUGUGGCCAGGAAGGAUCACAGUGGCGGUGGUGGAAUUUGCAGGGGGUACUGGGAGGUGGAGGUGGGGGGCAGCCGGGACUGGGAGCUGGGGGUGCUGAGUGAGUCUGUGAGGGACAGAGUGAGACAGGAGAGGCUGGAGAGACUCCCUGAGGCGGGGUGCUGGGCUCUGGGGAGAUCUGGGGAGCAGUAUCACCCCAGUGAGGCCGACACUGUGAUCCAGAAGUGGGAUGGGAAGCUGACAGUGGUUGGGGUGUAUCUAGAUCUAGAAGGGGGGAGUCUCUCGUUUUAUAGUGUCAGUGCAAUGGCCCUUAUCCUGGAGAUUCCUGUGGAAGCUUCUGAGAGAUUGUUCCCGUUCCUCAGCCCUGGUCAUGCUGCAGGGAGGGACCAGGGGAAACCCCUCAGCAUCUGCCCCCCCAGCGACUGGGAUUUCCACCAGGAAUUAAUGGUUAUUGGGUCUGUUAGUCAGGGAGAUCCAGGGGCAGGAAACAAGACAGGGCCACCUGCAACAGGAGAAACAGCCCCAGCCCCUGGAGACAAGCAAGAGAAAGAAAACAGCGCAGGGCAAACUAUGAUAGAAACUGCCCGAAAGCUCCUGACCACCAGCUGGUUCUCCAAGUAGUGAAAGGGGCAUAAAACAGAGCAGGAGCAUCCACAACUGGAAACAACCCCCAAAGAGAAGGGGGAAAAGAAACAUCAAAAUCCUGAGGUCUGA